AUGGAGGUAACAAGUCGUUUACUUGUUGUGUUGUGUUUCGCAACUAUUUAUAUAACUACAAUUGAAACACGUUCAAUUCUGCCAGAUAGUACUGAUUUGCUAUUGAAUAAUUCACCACAAGAUGAGGAAGGAAAGUUAAUAGACAAUAAUGUUAAUAGUUAUCGACAUCGUCUUGAGCAUUCAACUGAUAUUCAAACACUUCGUUGGGCUCUUAGAAAAUUAAAUGCUGAUGAAUUAUGUGAAUUUUGUGAUAUUAUGGUUCCAGUAAUUCGAAUACUUAUUGCAACUAAUCAAACAGAACAUUUCGAUUCAGUACUUAUGUUUGUAUGUAAUGAAUAUAAAAAAAUUGAUGUAGAUGUUUGUGUUGGUGCUGUUCAUUUAUAUAAAAAUUCAGUUCUAGAAAUCAUUGCAAUGUCACCUCUUAAUAACAAAGGUUUAUGCGCAUUAGCAUUUAAAUGUGAAUCACAAUUUGAUUUUCCACUUUUAAAAUGGAAUGUUACUUUGCCUAAUAAACCAAAACCAACACCACGACCACCACAACCACCAACAGCAGGAUCACCAACAUUGACUGUUCUUCAUCUAUCAGAUAUUCAUGUUGAUUUUGCUUAUAAACCAGGUUCAAUUGCCGAUUGUCCUGAUCCAUUAUGUUGUCGAGCAGGUCAACCAAUUGCCAAUCAAACAGGUGCUGGUUUCUGGGGUGAUUUUCGAAAUUGUGAUAUUCCAUUUUGGACUGUUGAAGCUUUACUAAAACGUAUUGUUGAAGUUGAAAAAAUUGAUUUUAUUUAUUAUACUGGUGAUUUACCACCACAUAAUGUUUGGAAUCAAUCUCGAGAUGAACAACUCUAUUCAAUAAAUACUAUUAAUCAAUUGUUAGUUACACUUUUCCCAAAUAAAACAUUCUAUUCAGCUGUUGGUAAUCAUGAAGCAGCACCAUGCAAUAUGUUUCCAACACCAAGUGUACGAACAGAUAAUAUAACAUGGUUAUAUCAAUCAUUAGCAGAUAAUUGGAUUAAACUUGGUUUACCAGCUGAUACACGAGAUAGUAUCGUACGUGGUGCUUUUUAUACAGUAAUAGUACGACCAGGAUUACGAUUAAUUUCAUUAAAUAUGAAUUAUUGUGCUGAAGAUAAUUUUUGGUUAUUUAUUAAUUCAACUGAUCCAUUAAAUCAACUUCAAUGGAUGGUUGAUUGGUUACAAUAUGCGGAAGAUCAUGGAGAAAAAGUACAUAUUAUUGGACAUCAUCCACCAAGUUCAUGUUUAGCAGCAUUUAGUUGGAAUUAUUACAAAGUUGUUAAUCGAUAUGAAAAUACUAUAGCUGGUCAAUUUUUUGGACAUGUUCAUUCCGAUGAAUUUACCGUAUUUUAUGAUGAAAUCGAUCAGAAACGUGCAGUCUCAGUGGCUUAUAUUGGUCCAUCAGUAACUACUUUUUCAAAUCUUAAUCCAGGCUAUCGUAUUUUUACAAUAGAUGGUGAUUAUUCUAAUAGUUCAUAUUGGGCACUUGAUCAUCGUACAGUAAUUAUGAAUUUAACAGAAACAAAUAUUCAAAAUACAACAAUUUUUCAUGAAGAAUACAAUGCACGAAAUGCUUAUGAAAUGAAAAAUUUAUUUCCAAAUGAUUGGAGUGAAUUUCUUGAACGAUUACAAAAUAAUAUUGAUGGUCCAUUAAUGAAAUUAGUAGUUCAAAAUCAUAGAAAGAGUGUAGCUUAUGAAUGUAAUCAUAACUGUCGUCGAGCACUCUUAUGCAAAUUAAAAUCUGCUAGAUCCGAAGAUCCUCAUGCAUGUGAUUCAAUUCCACCUUUCUAA